UGAAAGCGACCGACCGGCCGGCCCAGGUAACUUCGGCAGCAGGGUGAUCGAUCGGCAGGCCGCCUCAGCAGAGCGCCGAGGCAGCCGACCCGACCAGCCCCUUCGUUUCCACGUACGGCGCAUCCCGAUAGCGCCCUGGCCUCCGCUCGCUCCGUGGCCGAUCGCCGCCGCGCGCGCCGGUGGCGACCCGCUCCAAGGUUUCGCGCCACGGGGCCCGGCCCACCGCUGGGACUGGGAGCGGGCACGCGGAGGCGCCCAGGCACUGCAGAGACCUCCGCUGGGUGCUCAUUCGCUUCCAACUGAGUGAGCAAAGCAACAUAGCUACAACAAUGCUGGACCUGAUUUACAAGUUAGCUUGCGACUUGGUGCUGCCCGAGGAUCCACAUGCUGAAGAGGUUCUCCGCUUCUCAACUCACCCAGAAAGGUUCUGUGCUGUUUGCAAAUUGGUGAUCCCGUCGCUGGAAGCGUCGUGGAAACCUGACAACUGUGAUCAUAUCAUCUGCAUUGCCUGCCUUUGGCAAUAUACACCCGAGACAGAGGCCACCGGACGGCCCAGGUGUGCGGUCACAUCUUGUGAAUCUUUGUGCAAGUCAGAGACACAUCAGGGGGUCGAUGUGGGUCAUAGCCCUUUGAUCUCAAUGGAAGACAUAGGCAGUGGCAAAGGGAAAGAACCAUUGGAUGUUAUGCUUCAGGAGCUAGGCCAAUGCUCCCGUGGCACAAAUGCGAUGGCCAGCGGCGAGUUCUACUGCGACAUGUGCAUGGAGACGGUACAUGUCAGAGAGGUCUUCCCUGUUCCCGGGUGCACCCACCUCUUCUGCAUCGGCUGUCUGAGCCAGUACAUUACUGCCAAGGUUGAAGAUAACGUGGUGUCCAUCGGCUGCCCUCAACCGGGAUGCAAGGAUGGUACACUGUAUCCAGAGGCUUGCCAAGAUGUGAUCCCACUGCAGCUGUUCCAGAGGUGGGGCGUUGCACUCUGUGACUCGGUGCUGGGGGAAUUCAUGUUCUACUGCCCCUUCAAGGACUGCUCGGCACUGCUGGUCGAUGAACAUGGACAAUGUGAGGCAGCAAUAAGGAAAGCUGAGUGCCCAUGCUGCUCCAGGAUGUUCUGUGUGCAGUGCAAGGUGUCAUGGCACUACGACGUCACCUGUGAAGAUUUCCAGAGGCUCAGGAAUGAUGAGGGGAGACUAGAUGACCUGCUACCGAGGAAGAUCAGGGAGGAGAGCAUGGCGCAACCUAAUCCUGUGGGCUCCUGUCAAUCUUUGCAAAUGUUAGAGACACAUCAAGGGAUUAAUGUGGGUCAUACUUCCUUAAUCUCAAUCGGAGACAUGGACAACUGCAAGGGGAAAAAGCCAUUUAUUGCUAUGCUUCAGGAGCUGGGCCAAUGCUCUCAGGGUGCCAAUGUGAUGGCCCGCAGCGAGUUCUACUGCACCAUAUGCAUGGAGGCAGUAGACCUCAAAGACCUCUUUCCCAUUGCUGGGUGCACACACCUUUUCUGUGUUGGUUGCAUGAACCAGUACAUCACUACGAAGGUUGAGGAUAAUGUGUUCUCCAUUGGAUGCCCAGAACCCGGGUGCAAGGAUGGUUUACUGGACCCAGAGGCCUGCCGUGACAUUAUCCCACUGCAGCUAUUCCAGAGGUGGGGCACUGCACUCUGUGACUCGGCACUGGGUGCAUUCAAGUUCUACUGCCCCUUCAUGGACUGCUCUGUGCUGCUGGUCAACGAAUGUGGCCCUCGCGAUGCAGCAAUAAGGAAAGCUGAGUGCCCACACUGCUCCCGGAUGUUUUGUGCACGGUGCAAGGUGGCAUGGCACUACGGUGUCACAUGUGAAGAUUUCCAGCGGCUCAGGAAUGAAGAACAGGGGCGAGAUGACCUGCUUCUGAAGAAGGCUGUGGGGGAGAAUAAGUUGCAGAGGUGCAUCCGGCGUGUGGUGUCUACUUGUCAAUCAUUGUGCAAGUCAAAGGGAAAUCCAAACAUCGAUGUGGGUCAUAGUACCUUGAUCUCAACUGAAGACAUGGACAGUCGAAAAGGGAAAGAGCCAUUGGAUGAUAUGCUUAUGGAGCUAGGCCAAAGCUUUCCUGGUGUGAAUGGGAUGGCCAACAAUGAGUUCUACUGCACCAUAUGCAUGGAGGCAGUGCACGUCAGGGAACUCUUUCCUAUUCCUGGGUGCAAACAUCUCUUCUGCAUCAGCUGCAUGAGCCAGUACAUUACUGCGAAAGUAGAGGAUAACGUGUUGUCCAUUGGCUGCCCUGACCCAGGAUGCAAAUAUGGUGCAUUAGACCCGGAGGCGUGCCGUGACGUGAUCCCGCCGCAGCUGUUCCAGAGGUGGGGCGCUGCGCUUUGUGACUCAGCCCUGGGGUCAUUCAAGUUCUAUUGUCCCUUCAACGACUGCUCGGCAUUGCUUGUUCAUGAACGUGGCCACGGUGAGGCAGUGAUAACAAAAGCUAAGUGCCCACACUGCCGUCGUUUGUUCUGUGCACAGUGCAAGGUGGCAUGGCAUGACGGCAUUGCCUGCGCAGAGUUCCAACGGCUCGGGAAGGACGAGCGGGACAAGAAUGACCUGCUGCUGAGGAAGGUCGCACGGGAGAGCAGGUGGCAGAGGUGCCCCAAGUGCAAGAUGUACGUCGAGAGGGCCCAGGGCUGCGUGUACAUCGUCUGCAGGUGCCAGCAUCGUUUCUGCUACCUCUGUGCCUCCCCAAUGUCCAGGGGCAUACAUCACUGCAGCAGGUGCAAGAGGACCUGGUGAAUGACCUGAAGAACUCUAUUUGAGGGAAAUUAAAGAAGUUUCUGAACUCUGUGUAAAACCAUUCAGUUGCUGGUAUGACUGCUUUGGUUAGAAUUAGCUUGGGCAAUCGUGAUUGGCCAAAUCAUUAUGAUAAAGUACACAUUGUUUAGGAAAAGACAUGGCAGAGACUUUAGUCUUGAAGCGACUUAUGAUAGAGAGCUGGUGACUUUCUUAAGAAAAAUGUAUAAGGUGCUACCUUAGAAUGGAACUCAAUGUGGCCUUUAUGGCAUCACUGAGCAUGUAAAUGGAAUAUAUGUCGUAUGAACUACCUAUGGUACUAUCUAAUGUAUUAUUCUAUCUAAAUUUCAUUCCCA